AUGGAGUCCAAGGAACUUGUGGGAUCAAGGGCACAUGGGGUCCUGGCGGCAUGGGGUUCUGGGGACAGGGGGUCCUGGGCGUAUGGGAUCCAGGGGAUAGGGGGUCUUGGGGCCAAACUUGCAAGACGAAGUCAGGAGAGAGAGAAUCUCGGCAUGCUGGUCUGGUCACCUAACCAGAAUCUGUCUGAAGCUAAAUUGGAUGAAUAUAUUGCCAUUGCUAAAGAGAAGCAUGGAUACAACAUGGAGCAGGCCCUUGGGAUGCUGUUCUGGCACAAGCACAACAUUGAAAAGUCUUUGGCAGAUCUGCCAAAUUUUACUCCAUUCCCAGAUGAGUGGACAGUGGAAGACAAGGUCUUGUUUGAACAGGCCUUCAGUUUCCAUGGGAAAACCUUUCACAGGAUCCAGCAGAUGCUUCCUGACAAAUCAAUAGCCAGCCUGGUGAAAUUUUACUACUCUUGGAAGAAGACAAGGACUAAAACUAGUGUGAUGGACCGUCAUGCUCGUAAACAGAAAAGGGAACGUGAGGAAAGUGAGGAUGAAAUGGAGGAAGCAAAUGGAAAUAACCCUAUUGAUAUUGAAGUUGAACAAAACAAGGAGAGCAAAAAGGAGGUGCCGCCCGCUGAAGCCGUUCCUCAAGUGAAGAAGGAAAAGCACAGUACACAGGCCAAGAACAGGGCAAAGAGGAAACCUCCCAAAGGAAUGUUCCUUUCCCAAGAAGAUGUGGAAGCUGUUUCUGCCAAUGCGACAGCUGCUACCACUGUGCUCAGACAACUGGACAUGGAAUUAGUCUCAAUCAAACGACAGAUUCAGAAUAUCAAGCAGACAAACAGCGCGCUCAAAGAAAAACUUGAAGGUGGUAUAGAACAAUACAGACUUCCAGAGGUUGUUCAGAAAUUUAAUGCACGUUGGACCACAGAUGAGCAGCUUCUUGCUGUGCAAGCAAUCAGGAAAUAUGGCCGAGACUUUCAGGCUAUCUCUGACGUGAUUGGAAACAAAUCUGUGGUGCAAGUGAAAAACUUUUUUGUAAAUUACCGACGUCGUUUCAACAUAGAUGAAGUUCUACAGGAGUGGGAGGCAGAGCAUGGCAAAGAGGAGACAAACGGAACCAAUAGCCAGAAGCCUGUAAAAUCCCCUGAUAAUUCCACUAAAAUGUCCGAAGAGGAAGAUGAGGCUACUUCUGUUCUUGAUGUCAGAUAUGCAUCUGCUUCGUGAGAAGGUGCUGUAGCCUAGAACAAUUUGUGUUGACUACUGUGUUAUCCAGGAUAUCAGGUAUUAGCAAACCUCAGACAGCCAUCUGCAUCAUAUCUGUGGACAAGCAGCUAUUACCAAAAAAAGGCAAACGCUUCCAGUCCUGUGCUACAUCUGCCUUAAUCUCCCCUCAUUCCUCCAUACUGCCUCCACUUUCUUUCAAAAGCACCCAGGUAGCUCAGUUCUCCAUUUCAUCAACGUCCUGCUUAAGCACGGGGAUUUCUAGAACCAGAAACACCCGUCUGUAAAUUUUGACCAACCUGCAAAGCAAGGAGCUCCUUAGCAGCCCCACAGUAACUCUACACAUUAGGAGUUCUUAAAAUACUUGGUCUGUAGGGUAUAAGUACAUAUUGCUGCAUGGCCUUGUGGUCUCCGCUUCCUGUGUAUUCUUAUGAUGACACUAUUAUUAGUGAGCUUUCUAUAAAGGAGAGGCCUGUGCACAUGCCAGUGGUGUCAGGUUUGUCCUGUCCAGUGGUGUUAACA